GAUGAAAAUGAACAAUUGGAUCAUUCAAUUCUCGCUCACCCCCGAUUUUUCUGCGAAAAGCACAAAUCUUACGUUAUUUUGGGCGGCCUAGGUGGCUUCGGGCUGGAAUUAGCAGACUGGCUGAUUCUUCGGGGAGCCCGAAAUCUACUGCUGACUUCGCGAACCGGAAUACGAAACGGCUAUCAGCGUUCGAGGGUGGAAUUAUGGAAAUCCUACGGGGUAAAUAUUCAAAUCAUUGCAGGUGCUGACGCGUCCGAUCCCAAGGAUUGUGCGGUUAUUUUGAAAUCCGCUGCGGAACUGGGACCCGUGGACGCUAUAUUCAACCUCGCGGUUGUACUCAGAGAUUCUAUCUACAAGAACCAAACCGCAGAAUCUUUCAAAGAAUCAUUCAAGCCGAAGGCAAUGGCCACAAAGAUGUUGGACAAGGUCUCGAGGAAAAUAUGCCCCGAUCUCCGACAUUUUGUCGUUUUUUCGUCCGUCUCAUGCGGCCGAGGAACCGCUGGGCAAACUAAUUAUGGAAUGGCUAAUUCAAUCAUGGAGAGAAUAUGCGAGAGAAGAGUACAAGACGGAUUACCCGGAAUGGCUAUACAAUGGGGCGCGGUGGGUGAUGUUGGACUUGUUGCCGACAUGCAAGAGAACAAUAAGGAACUCAUCAUCGGCGGUACACUGCAGCAAAGAAUACAGUCCUGUCUUGAUUCACUGGACACCUUUUUGAUGCUGAAUCGACCGAUCGUUUGCAGUAUGGUUGUGGCUGAAAAGCGCGCGGGCUUUGGCAGAAUUAUGAAUGUUCAAGAGGCUGUAGCGAACAUCAUGGGGAUAAAAGAUUUAAAAACGAUUGGACAAAACACCCCAUUGUCUGAGCUCGGUAUGGAUUCGAUGAUGGCGGUGGAUAUCAAACAAACUUUAGAGCGGGAAUUCGAUAUUUUCCUCACCGCGCAAGAUAUUCGAAAUCUCACUUUUGCAAAACUAAAAGAUAUAACCGACAAAGACAAACGUUUUGCAGAGGACACUAACGACAUUGUAGAUUCGGAAGGUGGAAAAUUAUUUAUUCGGCUAUUAAGCAAUUUAGAUAUAAAUUCGGACAUUUGUUUAGAAAUGCCAACGAAACAGGAGACGGAGA